UGCUACUAGAAAACUUGCUAUUGCUAAAGCCUAUAUGUAUGACAAAGCAGAAGAUUGGUUAAAAGGAAUGGGAGAAGAAAGCCAAAAAUAUAAUACCGGUGAUGCUGAUAAUCAAUUCAAA